GAGAACGUGAACUCUCAGGACUGGAACCUCCUCAUCUCAUCCAAGACAACAACAACAACAACCAAAACUCCAACCACCGUCUCGACCUUUAAAAUUCGGAGUUACCAUGACAAUACGCACCCUCUCCCGAAUCCCCGCCGUCACCCGCAAAUCCCUCCUCCUUCCCCGUCUUCGACCCCGUCAUUUCACCACUCACGGGCCCAACGGCUUCAGUAGUCCGUCCCUCCUCAAGAUCUCCCCCGAAGUCUCCGCCGCGCUGGCCUCCAACGGCCCCGUCGUGGCGCUCGAGUCGACAAUCUACACGCACGGCGCCCUCGGCAGCGACCUCGACCUCGAGUCCAUCGUCCGGCAGCACGGCGCCGUGCCCGCGGUAUGCGGCAUCCUGGCCGGCGUGCCCACCGUGGGGCUCGCGCCGGACGAGAUCGAGCGCAUGGUGCGCGAGGGCGCGAGGAAGGCCUCGCGGCGGGACCUGGCCUUCCUCGCUGCAGCGAGCAUGCUUGGUGGCAGUAGUAGUAGUAAUGGUAGUAGUGGUGGUGGUCACGGCGGGACGACCAUCUCCGGGACGAUGGUCUUGGCCAGGCUGGCGGGCAUCCGGGUGUUUGGCACGGGCGGGCUGGGCGGCGUGCACCGUGGCGGGGAGAGCUCGAUGGAUGUGAGCGCGGACCUGACCGAGCUGGGGCGCACGAGGGUGGCGGUCGUGAGUAGUGGGUGUAAGGGGUUUCUGGACAUCCCACGCACGCUGGAGUUUCUGGAGACGCAGGGGGCUUUUGUGGCCACGUUUUCGGACGGGAGGAAGGAGGGGCAGAGCGUGGUGGAUUUCCCGGCGUUUUGGGCCAGAGAGAGCGGGACGCCGAGUCCGGCUGUUGUCAGGGAUGAGCGGGAGGCGGCGGCGAUUAUCCUGGCGCAAGAGCGGUUGGGUGUCGAGUCCGGCCUGUUGUUUGCGAAUCCUAUUCCCGAGGAGGCUGCCAUUCCGCGCAAGGAAAUGGAGGCGGCCAUUGACCUGGCCGUGCGGGAGGCGGACGAGAAGGGAUUCACGGGCAAUGCCAACACGCCGUAUGUGCUAAAGAGGAUCAGAGAGCUCACAGAGGGGAGGAGCGUGUCGGCGAACAAGACGCUGGUCCAGGCCAAUGUUGCCCGUGCGGCCAAGAUAGCGGUCGAGCUGGCCAAGAUGAUGGACGGCGCGCCCGUCACUCCGGGGACAGUGACGACUACGGUUACAACAAAGACGACUUCUUAUUCGGGCAUGGGCGGGGCUUCGGUGACAUUGUCGCCAACAGUGGAGGUGCAGUCCAAUGUCAAGACAGAGGUCCAGAAAGAGCAAAGUCAUUAUCCUGUGAACGUCCUCGUGGCAGGCUCGGUCGCGCUUGACUUGAACUGCGAUUACACCGGUGGCGUCGCCCCGGGAGGCGGUAUGGCCGUCUCACCGGCAUUACACACGUCGAAUCCUGCUACGAUCAACCAGUCCGUAGGGGGAGUGGGACACAACAUUGCCCUGGCGGCACACAGGGUCAGCGAAGAAGGCAAGGUCCGGCUAUGCAGCAUGGUAGGCGACGACAUCGCCGGCUCGACCGUCCUUUCGGCCCUGCAGAGCGCCGGCCUCGACACGUCUUGUAUCCGCCAGCUCGGCCACGAAUACCCUUCCACGCGAACGGCCCAAUACGUCGCCGUAAACGACGCGCACAAGAACCUCGUGCUCGCCAUGGCCGACAUGGCCAUUUUCUCGACCCACUCGUUCCCAACCUACUGGAACUCGGCCGUCGCGGCCGCCAAGCCCAAGUGGCUCGUCGUCGACGCGAACUGGUCCGAGGCCGACAUCCAGACCUGGAUCGACGCCGGCCGGAAGCACGGCGCCAAGGUCGCCUUCGAGCCCGUGUCGGCAGCCAAGUCGCAGCGGCUGUUCCCCGCCGUCAAGAGGCACUCCCACACCAAGCUGCUCGACGUCUACCCCUACGCGAGUGUCGACCUCUGCACGCCGAACCAGUUCGAGCUGCUCGCCAUGUACGAGGCGGCCAAGCGCAACGGGUACCUCGACAACCACUGCUGGUUCGAGGUGCUCGACGCCUUCGGCAUCACGCGCGGCGCCAGGGCGCAGUUUGUCGACAUCACCUCCCCCGAGAUGACGGAUGCGGGCAUCCCUGUGCAGAGUGUCAACCUGCUGCCUUACAUUCCCACCAUCGUCACCAAGCUGGGCGCGAACGGAGCGCUGUUGACGACGAUCCUCGCGAAAGACGAUCCGCGGCUGAGGGAUCCCGAUCAUGCGAGGUAUAUCGUCAGCAGGUGCGUCAACGACCACCGGCAUGUCGGCGGUGUGUAUAUGAGGCUGUUCCCGGCCGUGGAGAGGGUGAAGGACGUGGUCUCGGUGAACGGGGUCGGGGAUACGGUUAUGGGCGUGCUUGUUGCCGGUCUAGCGAUGGGUGGGAAGGUGGAAAGCUUAAUCGAUGUCGCGCAGAGGGCAGCGGUCUUGACAUUGAGGUGUAAGGAGGCUGUGAGCGAGGAGGUCGGCUCGUUGAAGGGGGAGCUUAGGAGGGCUGUCGAGGAGUCGCGGUGAAGGUGGACGGGGAAUUGACCACCUUCGCUCUGCGGUCCAUGUGCAGUCUCCUACACUACAUAAGAAGAGACGAGAGGAAGAGAGGUGCAUCAUGAUUACCGUGGAAUCAAUGCCUGGGCCCCGGUUCAUGGCAUACACCAAACCCGUCCCCCGUCCCCAAUGAUUGACAAAGCUAUCCCGGGAAGAACCUCUAACAAGCGAGGACCCAAGACAACACAAUGCAACCACAUCUUUGCCUG